AGAGCUAUAUAUAUAGAUGCCUGAGCUGCGCAGCUCAGGAUCCCAGAUAGUUUUGCUGUGGGCUGCAACCCGUCUGAGAAUUUUUCUCCAUCAUGAAGCUGACACUCAUCCUGCUCAUCGCCCUAGCAUGCUACUGCUCUACAGUUUAUUCUGAGCUAUGUCCUUCUGUCGAGAAUUCAGUGACUGCAUUCCUUUCUGGAACAGCGGAUGACUUAAAAGAGGAGCUUAAAAAACACGUACCUCGUUCAAAGUAUGGGAUAACCAAUGCACAGAAGGUGCAAAGUUGUACCCAGGAUGAAUUUACAGAAAAGGAAAAAGAGGGGUUAUAUGAUCUUGUGAAAAAGAUGGUUGACAAAUGCAGCAGCGACGAGUAAUUUUGAUCUAUGGAAGAAGUCAAUCAAAUUCCACAUGCUGACUACUGAUAUUGGUUGCUGGAAAAUAUUGAUCCAUUCUUCUAUUUCUUUGAUCCUGUCAUUGACGUCGGAGCUCCUGCCUCCCUUUGAAGCAAUAAUCAUAUGCUGCAGAAAAGCUAGAGAAAUCUCCUGCCAGUUUCUUCAAUCAUUCCUACUUGAAUCAUUAUUAAAACCCGUGAUUUGCA